AUGGGUUACUCAGCCAAAAUAGGUUCUACGGCGGGUAGAAACAUACGAAAUUUGCCGUGUAUAUCUAGGAGAAAUAGUAACUUAAGCGGUUACUGCAUGUUUGCCAUAGACUGUUUAAAAGCUAACGGUACUCAUUUGGGUACCUGCAUAGAUGGAUUUUACUUCGGUUCCUGCUGUCACAUAGAACCUGUUAAAGAUAUAAUCGAUAACAACAUAGACACAGAUAUUAUUCCCCAUCGAGAACCACCAUUCCGGAUAUCAAGUACUACAUCGAGGACGUCAAGUAUUACGUCAGCUCCGAAGAAUGUGUCUUCGACUACGUUAAGGACUAGCACGACAACAAGAAGUAAAAGUACAAGUACUACUAAAAUACCUGUGACCAGUACUGGUAGUAUGAAACCGGUUUCAACUACAACUAGUAAACUUAACAUUUCGAGUUCAACAACGACUACUAGCACAAGCACAUCCAGCACGACUCUGUCAGAAAAAUUACAGACAUUCCAAGUAGUAAAUACUAAUCACAUACAAGAAGAAGCUACCAAACCCUCUGUUAUAACGACAGUUCAUAGCAGCAGUAAACUUGUAACGAAACAACCAGUAACUAUUGCUCCAACAAAAAGACCCAGCAGUAUACGACCAUUAUCUUCAUCGACUGCGCCAAUUAAACCGAUUACCAAAAGACCCGUUCAAAGUUCCACGACUUCAAUAGGUCCAUCGAAUUUAACUAGUGCUACACCAACAUAUCCAACUAUUUCAACUUCAACAACUAAAGUCUCAGUAAAACCCAGUACUCAAACUACUUCAAAACCAGUGAUUUCAGAAAUUACAAAUAAACCAACUAAAACAACAAGAAGCCCUCCAACAAGAGCAACUCAGAAACCAACAAAAGCUACUAAACCAACCCUUGCCACGAAAAAAACCCAAAGCACUACUAAAGCAUCAACAACUUUCACAAAGCCAACUAAAAGUAGCACAGCAAAACCAACUAAAAGAGUAACACCAUCGACUGAAAAGUCAACAACGACGAAACCUACAAGAACCACUACACAGAAAAUUCUAACAAAAUCUCCCAGCUCAACAUUAUCAACUAGCACACAUCGUGUAUCAAGUUCUACUUCACCAAGCUCUACACCAACCACUACUAAGUCUACAACUGUUGGUAUGACGACUAGCAAACCAAACAAUACGCAGACGUUACAGACCGUCAGUGGAAACGUAGCUACGAAUGAAAUUGAAGAUUCACAUCAUAGUCAGGAGCCAACAACAAGUCACCCAGAUGGUAAUCCCAAUCCAAAGAACACUAUGAGACCUGUUGUUGAAGAACUGGAAAAAUUAUUAAAUACCCCAAUUACCUUUUUGCCCGAUUGUGUAGGUCCAGAGGUAGAAAACGCUUGUGCGAAUCCUACACCAGUUCUGUUAUAUUGGGUGCCAAUUACUACACCGGAUGGUUGGGUGUUACUGCCGAGCGUAUCAUCCAACGCCACAAUGCCACCUUCUAUGGACUCAUCAACAACAGUCUUACCUUCAAGUUCUGUUUCCUCCAUACCUACAAGCAGCUCUACAUUUGGACCUAUUACUUUACCUACACCGUUCGACAAACCAACAGUUCAAAACGUAACAACAGAAGCACCCACAGCAACAGUUAGUUCUUCUAGUAUUUCUUCGAGUACUAUCGAGGUUGUUACUGUUGAUAAUGAAACGGAUGAAGCUGAGAACUCUACUAUUAAUACGACACCACCGUUGGAAAAUUUUGCACAGCCUGUCAAUAUGAGUGAUUUCACUGAUGGUGUGAUAGCAGCACAAGCUUUGCUAUUGUAUACGGAUUGUUUGAUUAAAAGUUCUGGGUGUCGCGUCAUGAAAUUAACAAACCUUUUGCAUCCGGGCCAAUUGUUGGUGAAAGGAUUUUCUCUUUUAUUUGUACCCCCGAGUGAUCUUCUUCUUCGGUUAGGCGAGCACGACCUUUCUACAGAAUCAGAACCGUAUCUGCAUCAAGAAAGAAGAGUUCAAAUCGUAGCGUCACAUCCCCAAUUCGAUCCUCGUACAUUCGAGUACGAUUUAGCACUGCUAAGGUUCUACGAGCCUAUCACGUUCCAACCAAAUAUCUUACCAGUUUGUGUUCCGCAAUCCGAUGAGAAUUUCGUUGGAAGAACUGCCUAUGUAACAGGUUGGGGAAGGUUAUAUGAAGAUGGUCCCCUACCGAGUGUCCUACAAGAAGUGUCCGUUCCUGUGAUUAACAACACGGUCUGUGAAUCGAUGUACCGAGCUGCGGGCUAUAUCGAACACAUCCCACACAUCUUCAUUUGCGCCGGCUGGAGACGUGGCGGCUUCGAUUCCUGCGAAGGCGAUUCAGGCGGUCCGAUGGUUAUCCAGCGACAAGAUAAUCGCUUUUUACUGGCUGGUGUCAUUUCCUGGGGCAUCGGCUGUGCAGAGCCGAACCAACCCGGCGUUUACACUAGGAUAAGCGAGUUUCGAGACUGGAUCAAUCAGAUUUUACAAUUUUAG